UUUGCAGGAAGCGAUGUAAAGAUAUUUUCAGUUACGCAUUGAGCAUUUUGUAGAUACUGUGUCUCAAAGCUGCUUAUUUCAGUUCACGAAUAUAAAAUUCUCUAGGAUAUUUUAACCCGACUACGAAAGCCUCGGAAAAACUGCUCCGCUGUUCCUGAUUGUUGUCAUCCCCGAUCACGUGACGCUGCUGUCCCGCGAGCGCACUCUGGCCUCACGUGGCUGUCAUCGCGACGAGUCGUGCUGGGGUUGCAGCCACUCUCUCCAAUCACUAGUCCUUUCAGAGCAAUGGCGCGGAGGCUCGAGCGGUUCUGUGACCAGCGGAAAGGAAACGGUUUGCGAUCCACGAGUGUCAUCAAGCCCGGGGAGCUACUCUACCGCGCCGAGCCGUUCGCCUGCAUCGUGUCGAAGAAAGGAAGAGGCGCCGUAUGCGAAGGUUGCUUCUUCAGGAAAGAGAAUCUUCUGAGAUGUUCACAGUGCAAGAUUGCAAGAUAUUGUAAUGCAAGUUGCCAGAAACAGGCCUGGGCAGAGCACAAGAAGGAAUGCAAGUGCCUCAAAAGUUGCCAGCCUAAUGUUCCCACUGAUUCAGUGAGAUUGAUCGGAAGAAUAAUUUUUAAACUGAUGAACAAUUUAUCAUGUCCUUCAGAGGAGCUAUACUCCUUCUCAGAACACAAAUCACAUAUUGAAGAUUUAACUACAGAAAUGAAGGAAGGACUAGUACAACUGACAAUCAUGCUGCAGCAUUAUUUGAAAGAAGAAAUGCAAGAGGUGUUCAAGCUGCCACUUUGUGCUAAUCUACUCGAGCUCUUCGCCAAACUGACCUGUAACUGCUUUACUAUCAGUGAUGGAGAGAUGCAAGAAAUUGGUGCUGGUCUCUACCCCAGUAUGUCUUUGCUGAACCAUGACUGCGACCCAAAUUGUGUGAUUGUGUUUGAAGGGAAACAUCUCUUUCUGCGUGCAAUAAGAGAGAUCCAGCCCAGUCAAGAGCUCACUGUCAGCUAUAUUGAUGUACUGACCACUGCCCAAGAGCGACAAAUGCAGCUCAAGAAUCAGUAUUGCUUUCUGUGUGAAUGUCACCGUUGCAAGACAAAGGACAAAGAUGAAGACAUGUUGGCAGGAGAUGAACACGCCUGGAAAAGAGUCAAAGAGCCCAUCCCUAAAGUGGAGGAGCUUCAGUCUCAGAAGAAUUGGGAAGAGGUCUUGGCUGUGUGCCAGACCGUCAUAGAUAACAAUCAGGAUGUUCUUCCAGACAGAAACAUCUAUCUGCUUAAAAUGCUUGACUGCGCCCUGGACGCCUGCAUUAAUCUUGCCUGUUGGGAUAAGGCCCUGCAUUAUGGCAUCCGAACAUUACAACCCUAUGGACUAUAUUACACAGGAUUCCACCCCCUGAGAGCCGUACAACUCAUGUUUGUGGGCAAACUUCAGUAUCAUCAGGAGAUGUUUAAAGAGGCUUUUGAAACUUUAAAGGAGGCUUUUCAGAUCAUGAAGGUGAGCCAUGGACAAGAGCACCACCUAACACGUGACCUUCAGCAGCUAAUAGAAGAAUGUCAAAUUGAAGUCAACAGAUCGUGAAGAGUUCCUUUUAGUGCUCCUUCUGAAAGUAAACUUUCGGCAGAACACUUUACUGAACACUGGUGUCCCAAAGAGAUUUCACAGAAAGUAUAAGCAAUAUGGCAUAUUAAAUCCCUUUGAAUUAAAUAAGGUCUGGUAAUUUAGUUAAAUAUAUCUGUGUAAGAUGUAUUAAUAUACAGCUCAUAUAUCACCUACUGUGUACAUGUACUUCAUGAAUUAACACAGAGGUUAUUCUUCGAUAUUUAGGUUCUCUUGUAAUUUGUCCGCCAGUUUUCACUUUGUGUACAGUCAACCAAGGUGAGUCUGACACCACAAAUAAGAGCAGACACAACGGGCAGCAGUUCUGAUUACCUGGCUGUAAAGGUUUUGUAUUCUUCCCUCUCACAGAUGUUUCAGUCACUUUACAGCAAGUCUAAUAUUAUUCACCAUUAAUUCCUGCUUAAACACACCCACAUCUCAAGUGUAUUAGCACCAGUUGCAUAUCCACCAGUUUUCUCUUCACUCUUGUGCAUAUGUACCCCCCUCAGUUGAUGAUGCAAAGUCAUUUUCAGCCUUGUUUAUAAUUAUUCAUUUGUUAAUUUCACAAUUACUCUUGCAAAAAGUAUCAUCUUUUAAGGGGUGGCUUCAUCACAAUCUACCAAACAUUCAAAGAAACAAAGGGAAUUUUCAAAGUGAUCUGUGUUAUUAUUAAAAAAAUCAUAAUGUUGCCAUCACAUCUCUUGAAGGGUUUUCAUUGAUUCUUUUGUAACAAACUUUUUCAGGUGUUUUAUUUGUUAGUGAAAUUUGAAGGAAAUGCCACAGAAGAAAGACAGAUUCUACUAAUAUUACUGGCCUCAAACUCCUUUCUAACUAUACAAUAAUUGUACUGUACAAUUAUUUUGUUUCAUGAUUAUAAAUGUGGUGGUAAAAAAAGUUCAAGUUUGUUGAAAUAACUGUACUGUUACAUUAAAAGAAACAAAGUAACUUUGACCUUAUUUCAUAUUACUG